CAAAAUCAUUGGAGGUAUAACACAAGGAUUUCUUUAUCUUCAUGAAGUUUCUAAUAAUAUUCUUUCAGAUGUCUACAUGGGUCCAAAAUUUUUAGAUUUUGGAAUGACAAAGGUGUUCAAAUGGAUCAAACUCACGGUCAUACAAGUACAAUCAUUCGGACCUUCUAAGUACAUAUACAAACAUUACAAACUCAGACCUCAUAAAACAAAAUCUAAUCCAUUAAUGGCAACUUCCAAUGGGUAUAUGGCUCCAAAGUAUCGAAAACACGGACAAUUCUCAAUCAUAUCUGAUGUUUUCAGCUUUGGCGUGUUACUCUUGGAAAUCAUUGGUGGUAAAAAAAACAGUUAUAAUGAAGAGCAAGCACAAGAUCUGUUAUCCUAUGCAUGGAGAAAUUGGAAUGAAGGGAAGCUUUGAAUCUGAUGGAUCCCAUCUGAGAGUCGGUUCCAGCAGUGAAAUGAUAAGUUGUAUCCACAUCGGGUUGUUUUGUGUUCAAGAAAAUGUAGCGAACAGACCUACAAUGGCUUCCAUUGUUCUUAUGCUCACUAGCUGCUAUCUAUGUCUCCUAGUUCCCUCAAAAUCUAAAUUUUUUAUGCAAUCAAACUCGGAGAUGGAUGUUUCAGAAUCACCAAUGUUGGAUCGCAAAGAAAAUCAUGUUCAGUUUUCGUUGAAUGAGGCUUCAAUGAAAAUCAGGACGUCCACCAUAAAAACAGAUUGUACAUAAAAAAUGUCUUCAGAAAGAACAUAACCAAAAUCAG